GGAGUCAGCUGAGAACAAAAUGCCUUAAUUAUCUGGGAACUCCCAGGAUAAAGCUCCUCCCUGCUGCUGGCCUUGCUGUCCAACUCCAGGUUCCUGGCUGGUCUCUGCAGACAUUGGCAGGGUGAUGCCAGCUUGAUCCAGAGCCAUGUCCAGGUACCUGAAGCACUUCACGGUGGUGGGCGACGACCCCGUGCAGUGGAGCAACGACUAUCAAAAAUGGGAGGAGGAGGAGGAGGCUGGGGAGAAUGGGGAGAAGCAGUCGGAUUCGGAGAUGAAGCUGGCACCUACCAGGAGCCGUGUCUCCUUCCAGGACAUGAUGAAAAAGCUCUUCAGCUCUCACAGGUUUCAGAUCCUGGUUGUCUCCUUGGUCAUCCUGGAUGCCUUGUUGGUCCUCGGGGAAUUGCUUAUGGACUUGAAAAUCAUCCAUCCGGACAAAUAUAACAUAACCCCAAAGGUCUUCCACUACCUCUCCCUUUCCAUUUUAACCAUCUUCCUGGUUGAGGUGGGGUUUAAAGUCUUUGUCUACCGCCGGGAGUUCUUCCACCACAAGUUUGAAGUGCUGGACGGGAUCGUCGUCGUCGUGUCGUUCAUCCUCGACAUCGUCCUCAUCUUUCGGGAGCACGAGUUUGAAGCUGUCGGGCUGCUGAUCCUGCUGCGGCUGUGGCGUGUGGCCAGGAUUAUCAACGGAAUAAUUUUAUCGGUAAAGACCCGCUCUGAACAACAAGUGUCCAAGCUAAAGCAAGCAAACCUGAAACUUGCAACAAAGGUCGAACAACUGGAACGCAGCUGCAUAGAGAAGGAGCAAGAAAUCGAGAGGCUGAACAAGAUAUUAAAACAGCACGGACUCCUCAGCGAGCAAACGUAGAAGGCCGGUUUUCUGAGGUGGGGAGGUCUGCCCUGGAGAGUGCAGUGUUGAUGUCUACCCGUUUGACCUGAAA